AUGUUGAUGAACCAUUCAAGCCACUUGCUUGGAUCUGAUCAAGACAAAGAGGAGACCAGCCCAAUCAAGGUACCGCUUGCCACAAACCAAACGAUCGAUGUUGAUGAACCAUUGUCUCCUGGGCCUGACUCUUCCUUGAAGCGCAAGGCAUCAUACAAAAACAGGAAAGCGAGCCUCCCACAAGGACUUGAAAAAGCAAUCAGUGAGAGCAAUGACUUUCGCGCCAAGUCCCUUCGAUUCAAGGAGCGUCGUGAGACAAAUCGAUUGGCAUUGGAAUCUUCUCAAGAGAAGAAGCGCAUCAAGAUCGACAAACGCCGAUUGCGUAUUGAAGAAUCAGACGCUCAAGUCAGACGAGCCCACGCAGAGGCAGAGCUUGUUUGA